CGAGAAAAACACAAAACCCGGACCGGAGUGUCACAUAUCGGAUCAUUUUUUGUUAUUUUUUUACAGUUUGGGCUAAAAAUAGCAUUCCUAACAGUCUUGGAAGAGUCCUUUGCAGACGGAAAAACCACGAGAUGUCAGCAUCCUUUGGCGGGAAGUCUGCUCAGACUCAUGGAGGAAAGGUAAAGGAUUUAAAGGAUGGCUUUGUCAGAGUGAGGAAAAGAGAUUUGGAGAAAUUAACCACAGAAGUCAUGCAGCUUAGGGAGUUCCUGCCCCGAGUCCUGAACGGAGACCUGACAGAGAUGCUGCAUAAAGCUCGAAGAGCAGAGACAAAGACGGAGCAUCUCGUACAGGAGCAGGAGCAGCUGCGACGGGAAUGCUCACAUCUUCAGUCCCGACUGGAUGCAGCUCAGGCUGAAUGUCAGAAAGAGAGAGAGGAGAAGUUGCUGCUUCGCGAGCAGCUUUGGCAGAGCGGGGUGGAGCUGCAGCAGCAGGCGGACUUCUGCUCCGGUCUGGGAUCUGCUGCCUGCAGCUUGCUGUGGAGCUGCUCUGCAAGAGAGGACACUGUCACACUCUGGUUAGCUGAUGGGAAGCUGCAGUCCUUCCUGACCGUAGCUGCUCAGACUCUGGAGAGCUUUCUCAAGUCUUUGGAUGAUGAGCUUAAAACUCAAUUGGAGGACCACAACUCCCAUGAGCACCAGUUUGUGCUGGCUCUGGUUGGGACUAUAACAAACAUAGCAGCGGUAACAUGUGGGCGGGACUUCCUGUCCAGCUCAGGAUGCUUCCUGCUGGACACUUUGAUAAAACUUCUGGAGCUGAUGAAGCCUGGCAUCUUCCCUAAACUGAAAGUGUUGAUGCUGAUGGCUUUAUAUAAUGUCAGCAUCAGUGUUAAAGGACUACAGUACAUCAGUGAGAACAAAGGGCUGGUGACGAUCAUCUGGACCCUGCUGGAUGAUGGUCACUGGGAGGUGAGUCUCAACUGUCUGCGCCUCCUUCAGUCGAUGUUGCUGGAAGACCAUGUUCUGCUCCAGCUGGGCUCCUCUCUGCUGGAUCCAGACCUCCAGGCUCGUGUGAACCAGCUCACGUCCAGCAUGCAGCCCAGCCUCAGAGUUACAGCUCAGCAGACCUUAGAGGACCUGAAGGCUCUCCGACAGGGUCACUGAUGGAUUCUGCAUCGACCUCUGCAAACACCUCUUCAUGUCAAGUUUCUGUGUUUGAGCUCAAAACUUUAGGCAUCAAAGUUUAAUCAAAGUUAAACACCUGAGAAGUGAAGAGGCUUCAUGUUUAAACUAUUUUACUGUAAACAAACUCUUCACACUGGAUCUGUUCUUAAUACCAAUAUGAUGUCAUAGGUUUGAGACGAAUUAAAGAUGUUUACGUUC